UAUAAAUACGUCAAGCGUAAGACACACUCGGAUUCGAGAACCAAUCUCCAUCGUCUUCUCCCCGCCCCCUCUCCUCAUUUCAUCGAAUAGCUGAGAGAGAAGGGUAAAAGUAUCAGUAGAAGACACGCCAUUCUCCGCCCUAGCAUCAGCCAUCGCCGCCGGGGAUUAACCCUAAAAUAUUCUAGUAUAGCCUAUGGGUAUUGAUUCGGUGAUUCACCCGAUAGAAAACAGUACUGUAAAAGUAAACAAUACUAAAAAACUUAGCAUUCAAUCCAAAGUAUCAGGGAUUAUUAUGGCUCAAGACGAGUCGUACGUUUCUUCAUCAGCACUUGACGCAGCUAGAGAUGCUGCUGGAGAUUCAGAGAAGUCUAUGGCUGGAAACCUAAAUUCGUCAGCAGAGUCACCCUUGCCGCAGCUCGAGGUUGGCAACCCGGUGGAGUCGUCCACCUCUAUUUCUCCACCGUCGGAUCAGCUUCCGUUGUCUCUCUCCAGGAAUCUUUCCCUCAGCAAGUUGAACGCCGGAGCUCCUGCAUUUAUCCCCAGAAACGCGCCUUCGCACUCUGCCUCAUCAGCGACAUCUGCCUCUCCGGCUCCUUCAGCUUUAGCUUCUUCUUCAUCUUCACCGUCUUUGCCUGGACUAAUGAUACCUCCUCAGCAUGCCCAACCGUUGCUACACGUUUACAACACACCAAGAGGAGGUAGUGCCUUCGGCCCAAUCUCUCCCCAUGUGCCGGUCCAGAGUCACUAUCUCUAUGCUCCUAAUCUUCCCACCCCAUAUAUGAAUGGAGGGUUUUUGGAUCAGGCAGUGCAAGAGGUCACAGGUUCUGGUAGUACUACUGCAGUUCAGGCUGCCUCUCCGCAGGAAUUGGAUAAAGGGUUUAAAAAUGGUAGAUCAUCAGAAGACGCAUCUCAGAAGAUUAUUAACCAGGUGGAAUAUUAUUUCAGUGAUUUAAAUCUUGCAACCACUGAUCAGUUAAUCAGGGUUAUGAACAAAGAUCCUGAAGGAUAUGUACCGAUAUCUGUUGUUGCAUCCUUUAAGAAGAUUAAAGCUCUACUCAGUAAUCAUGCCCAACUUGCUAAGAUCCUUUGCAACUCAACAAAGCUUGUAGUUAGUGAAGAUGGAAAAAAGGUCAAACGCCGGCAUCCUCUUAGUGUAAAAGAUAUGGAAGAGUUGCAAUCUCGCAUAAUUAUUGCUGAAAACCUGCCUGAGGACCAUUGCCACCAGAACCUUAUGAAGAUUUUUUCAACUGUUGGAAGUGUGAAGAUGAUUCGCACAUGUCAACCUCAGACUAUCAAUGGCGGAUCAUCAUCAGGAACUAGAACAACAAAGUCAGAUAGUAUGCUCCUCAUCAACAAGUUGCAUGCAUUUGUUGAAUAUGAAACUGCUGAAUUGGCUGAAAAGGCGGUUGCUGAACUAAAUGAUGCUGGUGACUGGAGGAAUGGUCUCAAAGUUCGUCUACUGAGAAGCAACCUGAAGGAAGAAGAUUCAUUUGCCUCCGAGAAGCAACUCUCAUUGCAACAUGCUGACCCUCAACCUAACGGGCUCACAGGAGGGGAAGAGGGUGGUGAUAAGGAUGUGCAAAGGAAAGGACGUAACCGUGGCAAGGGUAGAGGACGUCCUAACAACCGCGGAUCUCUAGGAACUUCAUUACAAUCAACUGGAAACCGUACUGCGCCACAACCUCUUCCAAACUUCUCCUUAAAUGCUGAGCAGCCAGUUGCAGGAAAGCAACAACCAUCUGUGCCCCGAAUGCCCGAUGGUACUAGGGGGUUCUCAAUGGGCCGCGGGAAACCAGUUGCUGUUAGAAGUGCCUGAAAUUCUCCUUUUAUAUAUGCAUAUAGAAUUGGCGGGAUAAUGUGUGUGCUAUACUGGGAAGUGGGAAGGCAUGUUCUUCAUUUUUGUGCAGUAUUGAUUAAUGCUAGGAAGGAAUUGGAGGGGUUAUUGAAAAGUCUCCCACUACAGACAUGGCAUGUUUGUUUUCUUUGUUGAGGAGAGGACCUUUGUGGGUGCUGUAUUAUUAUUAUAAUUGUUAGUAUUAGAAUGAUAAACAGAACCUGCAGCAUUAUAUAACCUACACUUAUACUUGAUGAGGACUUGACUAAAAGAAUACCAGUUUGCAAGCAAAGCUUAUUUUAUUUAUUUCAAUUUAC